UUAUUAUCCUUCUUCUGACUUCUCCUUCUUUUUAUUAUUAUUAUUAUUAUUAUUGUCUUGGUUCAGACGUGCACGGUCCGUUACGAUUCUGUGAUUAUAAUCGUCAUUAGUUAUUUUAUAUGUCAUUCGUCUUAUCGUCUCGAUGUCUUAUCAAAUUAUUUUAUUCGCUCGUGAAUAUUUGAACAGUUAAAAUUUUUAAUCGACAUCAUAUUGUUAUUUUCGUUAAGCACACAGAAUAUUACAUAAUUAUUGAAAAUCUAUUGAUUAUUGUGACGGCAUUAACUACCCGACUUUUAUCAAGAUUUGACACGACUUAAAAUCGUUGAUUUCUCUCAACUGAUAAAUUACACUGGGUUCGUCGUAACCGAACUCAACUACCACAAUACUUAAUCCGGAAUUAUAAAUGCUCAUGGAUCAACAACAAAUUUCGUAUUUUUAUCAAGGCCUGUUAAGUUGUCCCGCUCGCUUGUACGCGUAGAUAUCAAGAGCAACCCUAUGCCAUUUUUUCUUUACAAAAAUUUGCAACAUAGUUUGGUUAUAUGGAAAUGCUAUCAAAUGGAUAUAGAUGUAUCAAAAAAUGUUCCAAUGCAUUAAAGCAAUCCUUAUUUGAUUGGAUCCUUCGUAAAUUUAACAAUUUAUUGACCAGAACAAUGAGUGACGUGCCAACAGCAUCUACAUCAACAGCAUCUACAUCAUCAGCUUCUACAUCACAAAUCAUGCCAUAUACAUUUGACAAUUCAUGUUCAGUGCGAGAUUUAGAUUAUACAACUACUGAUGAAUCAGAAAUUUCGUCUGAUGAAGAAUCUGAAAUGAUUGAUGACAAUUCAAGCUAUCCAAAUGAUGCUCUUAACAAGUUUCAACCAUUUAUUGGCGAUAACAUGGACGAUACAUCAUGGUCAUCUUCAGCAUCAUCCAAUACAUCAUGUGAAGAUAAUUCAAGUGCUGAAACUUCUGAAACAGAAUCUAUUAUUAAAGAGAUGAUUAAACAGAGCUGGUCUAUUGAUAAAUCAACAACUACUAAUCAAGAAAACACAGAGAAUUUAAUAUCACCAAUACUUAUAUUAGUCCAGCAACCGUGUGAAACUGAAGGCCAGAUGAAUGAAAUUGGAAUCGAUCUUAUCAACGUUGAAGAACACGCGAAAAGACUUAAAGAACUAGAAAAAGAAAUUGAUUUCAUAGAAUCAACAGAAUGGAUGUAUCAUCCAAUCGAUUCAUCUAUUAGAUAAUAUUAAUUUAAUAAUAAAAUUUGUUAUACAUAUGCACGUUCUUCCGUAGAAAGACAAAAAUUAUUGUAUAAUAAAUUUUAAUUCUAAAAAAAUUAUAAACACGAAUGUAAUGAAUUUUUAAAUAAUAU